CCAAUGAUUAUGAUAACCUAAUAACUUAAAUAGUUUCUCAUCUGGACUCAUCUCAUUAUUAGAGUAAAAUCAUCAGUAUUCAAUUUGGUUUACAUUCUCUAAUUGUGAUUAGUGUUUUUCGAUUUUGAUCAACAAUCAAUACAGAAAAUGGAUGUCGAUUCAAUUGAUAGAGAAAAGGCUUUGGAGAUCGUGGAGAAACACAAAAUGUCCGGUAAAUUGUUGGCGAGAUACAAUAAGUUGAUUAACUUUAAAGGAGCAAUUGCUGCGGUUGCUGUUCCAAUGAAUAGUGAUGGAACUGUUAACCACGACAUGUUCAAUGCUUAUACUGAUCAUCUAAUCAAUAUCGGCGUUGGUGGUGUUUACAUUAAUGGUACGACUGGUGAAGGUUUAUCUCUAAGUGGAGCUGAACGAAUGGCCGUUGUCCAGGCCUGGUUUCAAUCGAUACGAACCAAAAAACCCGAUAUGUUGGUCAUCGCUUGUAUUUCAUCAACAGUCGCCUCAGAGACACUCGAACAAGCUCAUUAUUAUUCAAUCAUGAAUGUUGACGCUUUAGCGGUUCUCCCACCUUUCUAUCAUCGGCCAGAAACUAAUGAUUGUUUAAUUAGAUAUUUACAAUCAAUUUAUAAAGCAGCUCCAAGUCUCCCAUUGCUUUAUUAUCAUUUUCCAGAAAUGACCAAUGUAAAACUCGAUAUUCGAGCAUUUUUAGAAGAAGCUAAAAUUCGUGUUCCAAAUUUAGCUGGAAUGAAAUACACUUCUACUGAUAUGGCGGCAAUAAGUUCCGUUGGUGUUGGUUUACGUUCUCGGUUCAAGAUAUUCACUGGAUAUGAAGAGUGUCUUCUACCAAUGGCUUCCAUGGGAAUCACCGCUGGAAUCUGUGCUUUAUUUAACUUCCGUGAUACUGUUGCCAAGUGGGAAUCGAUUUUGAAUAAUCUACCAACUGAUUUAAAAGCUGCUGCUGAACAACAAGAUUGUAUCAAUGAAAUAAAGACAAUGUUCACUGGAGGUAAUUUUAUCCAUAAUGUGAAGAAAGCAAUUUCAGAGGAGACCAAUGGAUCAGUUAAACUUGGCAAACCUCGAGCACCAAUUUACGCUCAUGAUAAUUAAUUUAACCAAUGCCAACAAUUACCAAUCACCUAAUCAAUUUAAAAUCAAGAAAAAUCAAGAAUCAAAAGACAACAAUAACAUUUUACAAAUUUCUACUCCAAGUAAACAAACAACUUAAUCUAUGGCAAUAAUUUUCCAUCAAAAUUGUGAACAGUAUUUACACGAAAACAAAUAAAACAAUAAAACAAUUCACUUUAAUUAUCUCACAA